GAUCGCAAGUACGCUCAUUAACGAGGCAGAUCGGUUGUCUCGUGCAAGUAGGGAAGGCGCGAUCGGUCACCGUUAUCGUUGUGUUUUUCGUCUCGGGAGAGGCCACCUGUUUUUUGACAAGUAAAAUUGUUAAUCACGCCACGGCAUGCCUCGCCGCGGGAUAACGUGUCGAUACCGGCGACUCGGAGCCCCUCCCCAUCCCCUCGACUAAUCCCUUAAUCCGCGCGACGAGGUUAUGAGAGUAUCUAUUUAACGGGGGACUCCACAACCGAUUUCCCGUUUCGGAUCGUCGAUACGUGAACUGUAUUGAUCUUCUGUUUCCCACGACUGGUCAGCGAGUUCCUGAAGUCGAUUCCUUUCGGGUCGAGGAGGUUGUAUUGUACUAUCAGAGUCUUCUACAGACAUGAUUGAAGGAUUGGUCUAAUUCAGUGUACUAACGACAAUCUACUCUUGAUCUUUAUUAAUUGAGAAAGAUCACAUUAUCAGCAUCUAAGUUUUAAAUAAUAUGGCACAAUAUUUUAAUGUUGUGACCAAUGCCAGUGGUACUUUCACAUUAGAAGAAGUACCAAGAAUCUGCGCUACAGAUGGGCAACGAACUAUUCAGUUAGUUGUUGGGGACGUUAAUAAUAGCAGUAAUGGUUCAGCACGGGUUGUGACUGCUUUUACUGCUGCACCACAAAACAGGCAGGCAAUAUUCUUCCCGCAAACUAUUAAUUUAGGGAAUCAAAUAUCUACAGCGCGAUUGGAACAAGGGCAAAAUGUUUUUAUAAUCAAAACGAAUGAGGUAUCUGGAACCCCAGAGAUAUUAAAACCAAAUACCGUGAAUACACAUAUUGUUAAUGAGAAUAUUGUGAGCAUUGGUAGUAAUACAGGUAUCAAGACAGAAUGUAAAAAUGAAGGUCAACAGAUGCAAGUUAUGAAAAUACAAAAUCCUAAUACUACUAUAGUAACAAAGCAAAAUACGUUGUUACAAGAAAAAAAUCAGACUGCCAUUUUAACUAGAAGUAAUAUACAAAAUAAUAUUGCAUCACCAUCGCCUCUUUGUGUAAAUUCUGGAUCAUUUAAUCAGGAAAAAAAAUCACUUAAAUCUUGUCUUAAUAAACCUCGACAAUUAACAAAUAACGUAGUUGGUGUAGCGUCUCAAACUUCAGAUGGAAUAAAUGUGGUAACUACGAUGGAAAAUCGGAUUCAAAAUUCUAAUGCAACAGGUCCCAAAUCGACAUCGUCUGUUAGCAAAAAUUCUAUCAAUGUAUCACAAAGACAGAAUGUGACUCUGAAACCUGUUCGUAUUCCUAAUUUUAAUAUGUCGCCGAGACCUGUAGCAAUAGUUUCUCCUGAAAUUUCUAAAACACCAACAAGAGUGCAACCAUCGGAUAUGGAGCACUUAAAUGAACAAAUCAAGCAAGCCAAAAUUAAACAAUUACAAAAACAACAUAUUGAAAAGCAAAGGCUUCAACAAAAUAAUACACAACGACAACUCUCUAACACUUUGCAGCAUGUUCAAUCGCCGUUGGUUAAUCCUUCGCGUCGUUUCAUCAAUUCUGUGCAACAAAGACCACAGCAGAUUUCUAUCUCUCCACAACAAGUUCAGAAACCAUCCGUAGCAACAUCAGUUUCUUCAGCUGAACAUAAUACACACAUUAUUAAUAUUAAUAUGGAAGCUAGUUCUUCGGAACGUGUUCAAGAGAAAGGACAUGUUACGCAACAAUCUUCUUCGCCACGAUUAGAACAUGAUAAUCAUUCAAGUGAAAGCAUCGCUGUUUUCCAAAAAGCUAUUCACGAUCCAUUAAAUACGAUAGUUCGGCAUCAAAUUCCAGGAAAUACAGCAAAAAUGUUAGUGAUGUUAGCCAGUGGAGAACAGAGACUAAUUACAUUUGACAUACCGAAUGAGGAUUGCACAGUACAUGACCUAUUGGAUCAGGUGGAUAUUUCAUUUUCUGGUGAAAUGCAAGUCUCCUUGGUAGAUGAUCCUGCAUUGGGCAUAAACUAUAUAGUGGAUGCAGGAGGUUCUGGCGUUACUUCCUUUGAUGGUAGUGAUGGUGACUGCAACUCUUCUCAGGAAAUUGCAAGCACUGCUGUAAGCAGUGAAAAUUUAUCUCAAAUUAUCAAUGCAUCAGAUGAAAACAGUAACACUUCUUCUCAAACUUGCGAGGAACCUCUUUUGGUCACUGGAAUGCUUGCUCUCUGUCCACACUGCGGCUACAGUUCACUACACUUCAACCGAUGUGAACGAUGUAAUACAAAAUUAAAAAUUGAAGAAGUCAAGUCGAUACCCAUGGCUGAAAGGAAGGAGACUAGGACUGUCGAUAUGAUCCAUAAGAAGAACAACGAACGAAAUGCUAUGAAAUUGGAGAAAAUAGAACGAGAUGGUCCUACAUGUAAGCGCCCCAAAGGAAAGGGUAAAGGUACAGCUUCAAAACCAAAGCCUAUUCAUAAAGAGCCAGAAUGUUUGACAAUAUCUUCUGAUGAAGAGGAAGAAGGUAGACCUAAAAAAAUAAUAAGCACUAAUAGUAACACAGUAGUAGGCAACGCAAGUAAUGUUUUUAACGAAGAUAUGGACACUAUUCUGGAUAAAGAACCCAUAAUUACAAACAAUUCUGUUUUUAAUUUAUAUGACGAGAGUACGAUGGAUAAUGAAGAAAAUAGUAGAGGAAUAUCUGAAAACAAGAAUUGUUUAGAUAUCGGGCAACAAACUGCUCUAGAGUGUCGAACAGUUAGAAUAGGUUCUUAUAAAUAUAUUCCUCGAGAAAAAGUAGUGAUUUCCCAUAGUGGUGUAAGAUUUAGUGUACCUUUGUUAGAAGAUGAUACAAGUUUUGUUACUUUGGAUGUGAAAUAUAGAGAUAUAAUUAAGCUUUUAAUUCAUUUUGGAAAGACAAUGCCAGUACUAUUCUUUUAUACUUCUCCAACUACGGGAGCCAUGAUACGUGAAUUAUUAGGAAUGCAAGAUCCAAAGGGGCCAUAUUACGAUCCAGCUGGAAGAGAUCAUACACAUAAACGUAUUACACUAUUACCAGAUAGGUUACCGGAGGAUUCUAAGUCGAUACUGACAAGUUUAUUUGCACGGGGAGAUAAAAUAGAUGAAUUAACUCCUAAAGAAGCAAAUGAUAUACUUAUACGAGCAUCACCAAGGGAUUGCCUACAAUCGCUUAUUACUACACGGAAGCUAAGUCAACAAAACUUAACAAACACCACAAAUACUAAUGCCAAUGAUGACAUACAAACAAUAACUGUUUAUCCACCGCCUCCUGCAAAAGGGGGAAUAGCCAUCAACACUGAAGAUUACUUGUGUCUUGCGGAAGACCAGUUCUUGAACGAUGUGAUUAUAGAUUUUUAUUUAAAGUAUUUGACCUUAGAAGUAUUAUCAGAAUCUGAUCAACAUAGAACUCACGUGUUUAGUUCGUAUUUUUAUAAACGUUUAACUAGCCCACAUGCUCAAGCUGCUGAAAGUAAUGUGCCAAUGACACCUGCCGCGAAACGGCAUGCAAGAGUGCAGAAGUGGACGAAAAAUGUUAAUAUAUUUGAGAAAGAUUUUGUUAUAAUUCCUAUAAACGAACACGCACAUUGGUUCUUGGCCAUUAUUUGCUUCCCUGGAUUAGUUGGAAAAGUCGCUACCUGUGUUGCGAAAACUGGUGAAAAUAACGUUCCUAAGACUACACAGAAAACUAAAAAAAUAAAAGAGCUGAAAGCAAAGGCUGUCACAAUUGGUUCUACAACAAUUACGCCUGUACCCACGACUAUAACGAUAGACCAGUUAGACGAUGGAUCUGAGAGGGACGAAGCAGAAGGCGAUGAUGAUGAAAUGGAAAUGGACAGUGAUGAAGAGGACGAGACUGAUCAAUCGGAAGAAAAUAAAACCCAAAUUAAUGUUAAACUCGAAGAGCAGAAGGAAUUCGUUAAAAUUCCCUGCAUAUUGAUAUUUGAUUCGCUCGCUGGUGCUAGCAGGUCACGAGUAGUUGCUACGUUAAGAGAUUAUUUAAGUUGUGAACAUGUUGCGAAACUUGGUGUAGAAAAGACAUUCUCGAAAGAUACUAUUAAGGGAGCAUGUCCCAAAGUACCCCAACAAUCAAAUUUUACUGAUUGUGGAUUAUAUGUACUGCAGUAUGUGGAAAGUUUUUUCAAGAAUCCUAUCAAAGAUUAUACUUUGCCAAUUAAAAUUUUGAAAACAUGGUUUGAAGAAAUUGUUGUAACAAGAAAAAGAGAAGAGUUAUCGAACUUACUCAUUAAAUUGAUGAAUACCACCAAAGGGGAUAAAAUUAUUAAUUUGCCUACUGUAAAUUUCCCCACGCAAGAUGGCAAGCUAAAACCGAAAGUCGAAAAUCAGACAGAUGCAAAAACUGCGAAAUCCGAAUCUGAAAAUAACAAAAAAAAGCCUGCAAGUGAUGCAGAGACACGAAUUGUCUCGAUUGUGACAGAAAAUACCGAAUCACCUAAUGAGUUUGUUAGUAGAACUUAUCAGAUCAUUCCUUAUUCUGUGAGUUCUAACUCAACUGAGAGUAAUCCAACAGAAAUGUUGACGGAACAGAAAAAUACAAGGUCUGAAGCGAUGUCCUACUUGAAAAGUAAACGAAUUCCUAGGGUAGUGUCAAGGACGCAGACGCAGAAUCAAGAUGACUCUCACAGCACUGCUAAAAAGCACAAAGGAGAGUCCUCCAAUUCCUGUAAAUAAAUGUUUCUUUUUUACAGUGAUAAGAUUAAUGUUAAUCUCUACACAUUCUCAGAAUACAUGAAAUCAUUUAUUUCAACGUAUAUAUAAAAUAAUGUAGUUAAUUCAUGAAACGAAUAAAACUGCAGAUAUGAUUUCUGAUUGUA